GCAAUUUUGCAUCAUCUGCAAACAGGCUCGUUUAACUGUCUGCCAGAGGUGGCGCGGUACUGAAAAAUCAUCAGUGCGGUUGCGGUAACUUGAAAUUUGAUUCUAUUGUAAAAACUUGCUGGAACUUUUUGUUUUGCUCAGUCAUGUCUUAAGGAUCUUCAAUUAUCACAUUCCCGCCACUCAGUCUUUCCAUUUUUACUUCUUGAAUUUCUACGGCAAUUUUUACUUAUCUUUGAAUUUCUACGGCAAUUUUUACUUAUCUUUGAAUUUCUACGACAAUUUUUACUUAUCUUUGAAUUUCUACGGCAAUUUUUACUUAUCUUUGAAUUUCUACGGCAAUUUUUACUUAUCUUUGAAUUUCUACGGCAAUUUUUACUUAUCUUUGAAUUUCUACGGCAAUUUUUACUUAUCUUUGAAUUUCUACGGCAAUUUUUACUUAUCUUUGAAUUUCUACGGCAAUUUUUACUUAUCUUUGAACUGUCUCCUUAGCUGUAAAAAAAUAAAUAAAAUAAAAUAAGGGAUUUGGACAGCAUCGGGAUGAGCUUGAGUAGAACAAAAGUUUGAAGGCUGGGUCAAGCCAGGCUGGGUCAGGUGUGGCAUCUUUGGGUAGGUUAGGACGGGGAGUGGAGAGUGAUGAAAAGAAUUAUGAUGCUAGUAAAUGAUUAACAAAUGAAUACUGUCUUAAGUUUCCCACCAACUUUCCUUAGCCGGGCCUCAGACAGUGACUGCGGGGUGCAGCAGGAGGCGCUAACUCUCCCCUACCUGCUGUUUGUCGCGCUGAACAUUGGCCCGGCGCUUGUGGCUGCCUUCCUCGGCUCUUAUGUGGAGCCCGUGGCUGCCGGCAGUGGCAUCCCGCAGGUCAAGUGUUACCUGAAUGGCGCCAAGGUGUCCCGCGUGGUGAGGAUCAAGACCCUGAUGAGCAAGGCCAUGGGGGUGACCUUCUCUGUGCUGGGAGGCCGGGCCGUGGGAAAGGUCAGGUCGUGGGCAAGGUCUGUGGCCGUGAGCUGACCACCAAGAUGCUGCUGCCCACGGUGCCGGCCAUGGCCAAGGGCAGGGUGGCCAGGACUACAGAUGAUGGGCCACUCCUAGACAAAGAGCGGCGGGGAAGAGGAUGGUUAAGACACCUUGUGCAUGUUAAUACUCUCUCAUACUUGUGCCAAGGCCUAACACUGUGUGGCCAACACUCUCAGCAGGGGCUUUGUCUUGUGAUGUAUGUUGUUCAUUUUGUAUUUUAUUCUUUGUAGCUGUGUGAACUGCCUUAAAGUGAGUAUUUAUGCUCACUUUCAUGACAAGAAAAUGUUUUAUGUUGCUGGCUGCCACAGGCUCUAUACAAUCAUGAGUUGUUCAUCAAUCCACAGGAAUAUUUUAUUGGCUUUACAUUUUUUACAUUAUAGUUUGCUGGAAUGUUCUCUUCCCUGCCUGGUGCUCAGCCUUCAUCAUUUCAGAGGCUGACUGAUUGAGGGAAGGAAGUGGGUACUGAAUUCAGUACUGUUUGCUGUUGACACGGUGCUCAUUGCAGAAAAUGAAAGUGACCUACAAAACUUGGUCACUGUUUUUGACAGUGUCUGUAACAAGAGCAAGAGAAAGCUGAAAGUAAAUGUCAACAAAAGUAAAGUGAUGGUUUCUGAAAAGUGAGGUUGUAGAUUUUGUAUGCCCAUAUAGAGUGGAAUUGAAUGUGAAAAAGAAUGCAAAAUAAUUUUGAAUUUUGAAGAACACAAAGACACAAAGGAAGAACAAACAACAGCAGACCUGCUGGUCCUUACGAGGCUGUUUGUGACAAGCUACACUAACUAUCUAAUCAAAGGUGGAAGAUGAAGGACAGCAAAGGCGAAGG